AUGUCGACUCGUAAAAAACUAAUCGACCUUUUCUCAAUUCUGCAUAAUCACGUAUCCAAAAUCGCCUCACAUCCCAACCGCCAAAUAACCGAAGACAAUGCUAAAAACCCUCGUCUUAGUUCACUCCAUGCCAUCAAAACCAUGCUUGAACAGAUUAAAGAUGUCUUGAUUCCUUGUUUGAAUGAUGAAGACCUCUGGAAAAAACUCAAUGAAUUGGAAGCCUACAUCUCUGAGCAAGAUUUCAUCUUUGAUCCUCAGCCUGAGGACAAGAAUGACAUCAUCCCUGAGAAGAUCAAGCAAAUCAAUGAAAAUCUUCAAGAAAUCAAGGAGUUGAUGGACAUGAAGUCUUUGAAAACACAAGAGAAAGGUUCAUCAGAGUCUGAAGCUCCAAAAGCGUCAAGGGACUGGUUACAUUGGAGACUCAAGGUCUGUUUGUUCUGUUUGGCAAUUUUUCCUGAGAAAGCUGUUGUGAAGAAAAAACAAUUGAUCUAUUGGUGGAUUGGGGAGGGUCUGAUCAGCAAAUCUAAGGAUAAGUCUGCAGAGGAGGUAGGAGAAGGAGUCUUUAUGAAGCUUCUUGAGAAGGGAUUGAUACAACCAUACUACACAGAUGAAAAUCAUAAAAACCAAAACCCCGUAGUUCAUUGUUGUACAAUUCAUCCUUGGAUUCGUUGUAUGUUGAUUUCAGCGGCCAGAAGAGCUGAGUUCUUUGAUUUUGAUGAUACCGGUAAGUCUAAGAUUAAUGUGGAUAAUGAAUCUAAAUCUCGUGAUAAUAAUGACUCUAAAUCUCGUGAUAAUAAUGACUCUAAAUCUUGCCGCGCUUGCUUAGUUUUGGGUAGUGGUAGUCUUAAAGAAGAGGAGGAGCUGUUCACAAUAUUCAAUGUAAAUAAGGAUUACUUAAUUUUUAAAACUGGUCUGUUUUCAAAAUUUAAGAAGCUUGUGAUUCUUCAACUGGGUAGGUGGCAGACCUCAGCUCAACAAGCUAUUGAGGUAGAAAAUGGUGACUUCUUGAAUGAUUUGGGGGCAAAGAAGCACUUGAGGUACCUUAGUGUUCAAGGGAUUUCAAGAAUUACAACAUUACCUUCAUUUGCUAAGUGCGUAAAUCUUGAAAUUCUUGACCUCAGGGCUUGUCACAAUUUAGAAAGUUUGCCUUCUGAUAUAGGAUCAUUGAGGAAGCUCACUCACUUGGAUGUAUCCCAGUGUUUCUUGCUCGAAGGCAUGCCAAAAGGGAUUGAAAAGCUCUCCUCACUCCAAGUGCUUAAGGGUUUUGUUAUAGGACAUACGAAGAAAAAUCGUAGCAAGUUGGGUGAUCCAGUUCAGUUGAAGAAACUGAGAAAACUGAGUAUACGAAUAGGGAGUAAUGCUGUUAUCGUGCAAAAGGAACUCAACAAAUUUAAGGAAAUCACAACUCUUCGUGUCCUAACUAUUUCGUGGGGAAAAGUGGCUUCAGCAUCCAAAAAUGGUGGGCAAGGCACGAAGAUGGAUUCAAAUGUUGGAGGAGCAUCAUCAUCAGAGGAAAAAGAAGGUUUAAAAUUGAACGAUACUGCUACCUUGACAAUGAAGUUUUUCUCAUUUCCACCAAAGUUGGAGAAACUGGAUAUCAGGUGCCUCCCUCAAAAAACUUCCCCAGAGUGGUUAAAACCUAGCAACUUGGAAGAGUUGAAGAGGUUGUACAUUAGGGGAGGGAAGCUUGAUGCUUUGCAUCCAGAGGAAAAUAAGAAGUGGAAAGUGAAGAUUUUAAGGUUGAAAUAUCUGAAGAACUUGAAGAUAGAGGCAGAAUUUCUGCAGCAAAAUUUUCCUAAUCUAGUUUACUUUGAGAAGUUCAAUGAGAUUGCUCACCCGACAAGUGAAUUCCAUCAUGAAAAGAAUGUCAAGUGA